UGGGACCAGACGGGGCCGCCCAUUGUUUUUGGCCCUCUCGCAACGUCCUGUCGCGAGCCGACAACCGACGGUGUCGUGUAGCGCUCCAGUCAUCCCAUCAUUCGAUUUUCUUGAUAUUAUCGCAAGGAAAAAGUUAGGCUCGGGGACGAGCAAACCGACAGGAUGCGGCAUCGAACCCAUUGACUGUUACUGAGCAAAACCCAAGCCUCUCCUUCCCUUUCUUUCCUCAUUCGUUGCCCUUUUGCCAGAUUGGGUUCUCGCCCUCGCUCCUGUGCAAGAAGCCUCGAGCAAGAAGGGCUGGCCACUGCCCUUCUGCGGUGGAUGCAUGGUUUUCCGAAAAAGAGGAAUCACUUGCUCCUCUAUCUGGACAGAGAGAAAUGUCUGAAAGGCUCAGAGAGUGAUGGCAGCAGCUGAAGCCAGAGCUGUAUGGCAGAGAACGAUAAACCGUUAUUUUGUACAGGAGGAUGCAAAAAGAGCCCCCAAAUUAGCUUGCUGCCAAUCAUCAUCAUUGACAUCUAAACAGGUAGAUGCUGGACCAACCAACACGGCUGAUGAGGGUGACCAACCAGAUAUAGGAUUCCUGCCUUCUAAUGGGAAGCCUUUGUUUUCUGAUCUUUGUGAUGACACGAGAUGGUGGCUUCAUCUCCAGCCAAUCCGUGGGUUCCAAAAGGAUGAAGAAGAUGGUGAGGAUUUUGAUGGUAGAGAACGAGAGUUGGAAGCCAAAGAAAGUGAGGAGGCCAAAGAUAUCAAGGAUAUCAGUAUGGGAGGUGGCUAUGACUGCAUGCAAAUAGAUGAUUUUGGCUCAUCAAUUUCCAAGCAACUUACUGAACAUGAUUUUGAGCCGUAUUCCCCAUGGAUUAGUAAUGCAAAGACUGACCCAUGGUGGCGUGCAAUGGAUAAGGAUGAAGUAGCCUCCUUGGUUGCUAGGAAGUCGCUUGACCGUGUUGAUAAUUGUGAUCUUCCUCCGCCUCAGAAACUUCAUGUUAAGCAACACGCCUGCUCAAAAAUUCGAUGCUCUGAUCAAGGAAUUCCUUCUCACGGGAAACUGCAGUCACAGACUCUUUCGAGACCACCUUUUUGGUCACAUGAUUUUGAUCCCGAUGAAACAGUUGGAACAUGUGCGGCUUCAUUAGAAGAAAAUGUGCCCAGCGAGUUGCGCAGCAGGAAUACUUACAAUGGUGGCACUGCACAUAUUAAGGAAGCAUAUGAAGUUCCUGAUGGUGAUCCUUGCAAGUCUCGGCUUUUGGAAGCACUCCGGCAUUCUCAAACACGGGCCAGAGAAGCAGAGAAGGCAGCAAAGCAAGCUCAUGAAGAGAAGGAGCACAUCAUCGGGCUCUUCUUCAGGCAAGCUUCUCAACUUUUUGCCUACAAGCAGUGGUUUCAUCAAUGGCAACUAAAAGCAUUCGACUUGCAAGCUGAGAACACUGAUCAACCAAUUGCCACACCUGUCCCUGCCAUCCAUCCUUGGACGCCUCACAAAGGUAUAAUAGCAUGGAAAAAACCUCGUAAGAAUGCCAAUACUAGACGGGAGAAACGAGGACCGCUGUGGCUAGACAUUACCAAGUAUGCGCUCACCGUGGCAUUAGGUUUUAGCCUUGUGGGUGCUGGUUUGUUUGUGGGAUGGACAGUUGGGUGGUUAUUGCCUCCUUUUUAAGACAAUGGACGUGGCUGCGCGAAGUCAACCUUCUCUGCUGCUUUCUGAAGCGCGAGCACGAUCGGUUGCCAGGGAAUUAGUUUUGCCAGUGUGUAAAAUUUUCUGGUCAUCAGUAGUUUCUCAAAUCAAUGUAGCUUUCCCCAUCUUCGGCGAAUGUGCGAUUGUGUUGUAGAUGUAUAUAUAGGCCUGUACUCAAUACGACCACCUGCUAGAUUUAUCUUCAAAUACGUUUUGAGGUCAUGAAGAGGAAAAGUUAGCUUUCU